AAGACAAAGGAGUACAAGUAAGUUUCGAUUGAUCUCCAUUGUCUCUUUUAGGAACAAGUAUAAGUAAGUUUUUAAUUUUUUUUUAGAUACAUGCGAGACAACAAUUUGCAAGGACAGACUCUGGGAGAUACUGAGAUGGGACUUAAGAGAAACCACAGAACAGAAUUAUGCUUCUAGCAAAAGAUGAGGUAAAAAAAACCUUAAUUUCGUUUGGUCAAAGGUUUCUGUUAUUUUUCUUAGAUUUCUGUUAUUAUCAUCUCAAAUUUGACUCUCUGUUUUGACGAAGGAACGGGCAAUCAAGUGAUGACCAGGGCAGGCUUAAGUGGUGGGGCCAGCGGUGCGACCGCCCAGGGUCCAUGCACAAAAAGGAUCCAUAAAUUUUUUAAUUUUUUGUAGCAUUAAAUUAUUUUAGGUUUUAAAGAUAAUCAUUAGAGUUUAAAUCUCCGCAUGGUCGAUUGAAAAUGGGUAACGGGUUUGAAUAAAAGUUUUUUAAAUUUCUCAAUUUUAGGCUUUAAAAAUAUGUUUUCUUGUUUUGUACACGGUCAUAAGAAAUAAAUUAUAUAUGAUGGUUCUAGAGCCAAACCGAAACCAUAUUGUUAUUUGGUCAUUCACUUAUUUGUUAACACACUUUCAUCAAAAAUCAUUGUAUGCUUGAAGGUGGUCAGGAAGAAAACCCAACAGAUUCUUAAAUACAGUUCAACUUAUAUCUAUUUUUCUUAAUAUAUUUUUGUUUCUUAAAUACAGUUCAACGUAUAUUUGUUGGUCUUUCCCAGUUUUGUUUUUUUCUUUUGGACGUUCAGAUUCCUAUUCCUAAGUGUUAUUUUUCUUUUUAUUUGAUUUUUUUAUUCAAUCACACAAAAGGUGCUUCAAGUAGAUUUGUGAAAAGCUUAAGUGCUGAUUAAAAUUCGGGUUUGAUCGUAUGAAUAACGUUUCUUAGUCAAAUGAUUUAGUUUCUGUUGGUUUUAGAUUACGACAUUAGUUAUUUCAGUGAGCAUAAUAAGAUGUUACACAUUUGUUUUGCUUGUUUUGAUUAACACAAUUGUUUUAUUUUGUUGCAAUAAGCCAUAUUUUUCUUGCUUUACGAAGAUAAAAAAAAAUUUCGCCCCAGGGCCUUAGAAGAGUUUAAGCCGGCCCUGGUGAUGACUGGUAGGUUUUUGACUGAUAGACAAGCGUCAUGUGGGUGAGAGAGAAGUCUCUCCUUCUUAUAAACUUAAUAACCACGCAUAAACUAAUAGAUUCUCCUUAACAACACCAUAUUCAUUAUGUUCAGAUGGAUGUUCAAACUAAGUGAAUGGAAACGCUUAUCUACUUAUGACGUUGAUUUGAAUACUGGUUCAAGUGCUACUCACAUUGAGGUGAUUGACAGGAAGACUAAGAGGCUUGUGGAAGAGUUGAUAGACUCAAAGAUUGUUCUGUCCAUGAUAGCUAUUUACCAGUCCAAAAUUUGGGCUUAGACUUAUGGAUCAAGGGGCAAAGGAGAUUCUGCAGAAACUUUCUGAGAAGCAUGGGAAAAAAAUGAACACAGUUGAAUCCGCCCUAAAAAUUGCCAGCUUUCUUAAGUUCUUUAAGGAUCAAAUAAACAUGGCUGAAGUCAAGUAUCCUCUGCAGCACUUCAAGACAUUCAAUGAAUUUUUCAUAAGGGAGUUGAAACCUGGUGCGAGAACAAUGGCAUACAUGAACCGUGAUGAUGUUGCUGUAUGUGCUGCCGAUUGUCGAUUAAUGGUAUUUGAUAGAACCAAAGGUGUAUAUUGAUAGAACCGCCCAACCUCCCACUCUUGAUCUCCACAAACCAGAGACUCAAGCCAAUACGAUCUUGCUCAUCAAGAGAAGCAAGCUCAAGACUCACCAACUAACCCCCCUCACAUAUUCCUCUUGGGUCCUCUUAUAUUGUGCGAGGCCCAAUAACAAAUGUAACAAACUCUAUACCACAC